CCGGUGAGUACAUAUCUAGGAAAAUAGUGUCCAGACCAAAAGAUAGUCAGUCAAAACCAAGUGCAUGUACCUUGCCGUGGCGUUGAUCAUAAUAAUAGCAAGUUUGGUCAGGCUGCAAGUAAGUCGGAUUUUGAUUAUUAUGAAAUGGACGCUUUUUUCUAUUCCUCCACCACAAUUUCUGCUCUGUGUGACCCUUGGCACGCGUCGCCCAUCCACGUCACGGCUAUGACGCAUUCACCCUGCCUUUUUGAUGGUAUACGCAAUGGGCCCCAAAGGAGCGGUAAUUAUGGGCUUAAGCAUCGUCGGGGCGAUGGCGUUUAUCCCCCAUGGUUCUAUUGGGGGCGAGGACCGUGCCUUAACAGAAGCUUUACUUCGUGAAGUUGUCGAGCGUAUGGGCAAGGACCUGAACGAUGCCGCGUCAACUUACCUCGACUUUCCGUCGAACGAGAGGCACCUCGCGUUGAUGUCCAGAGCCAACAAAGAGCUGGAGAACGAGCAGUUAGAUUACGAUUCUCUCAUCGACGGCAACCCCAACCCCAGCCUGCGCGACCAAGAGUAUUUGCAGCACAGUUCAUUAUGGGGCCAUCAGUACGUAACCGGUGGUGCGGGAGAGGGUGAACAGCGUCUACGUCCAUCAGGUCUGGUUCCCAACCGCCAGAUGAUCAAGACCGACGCGGUCCUCCCAGCUUAUUGCAACCCCCCUAACCCGUGUCCUGUUGGAUAUACCGAAGAACAAGGCUGCAUUACGGACUUUGAGAACACUGCCGCCUUCAGCCGUGAGUACCAACUCUCACAGCGAUGCAUGUGUGACGGCGAGCACAUGUUCAGUUGCCCGCCAGAGCCGCCCUCCGGAUAUGAGAUGCGGUUCCCUGACCACCACAAGAACCUGGUGGCCAAGAAGUACAAGGACGACGUGGAAAACCCGUACCUACUGGGUGCACGUCUACCUAUAGCAGCCAAAAAAGGAUUCGACGUUCGCGUUUAUUAAUUUUUGUCUUACGGUAGUUCUACAUCACAGUGUUAGAUUAUACUAAAUGUCUUAAAGAUGAUAGGAUAUAUAUUUGUGUAAACUUUUUCCGAUAACCAUUGCAAUCUCAUUUUGGAACGGAAUGGUCUUUGUUAUUGUAUGGGAUGGUGUUUUUAAGAUCCUAGCUAAGGCAUCACUUUACGACUUUCACGGUUUACAAAUUCAUAUGAAUAACGUCGUAUGUUUAAAUUAUUUUCGUUCCAGUUUAUUAUAUGUUUAUCAUUAAAUUUUACACACUUUCUUUUAAUUUUUUAAUAAUAUUUUCAUAUAAUAUAUAUUUACUUUAGGAUAAUUAUUGCAGAUAUACUCUGUCUUGCAUGUACAUAUGACACUAUUAGACAUUAUGAGGUCCACAGAAUCAAGAUAUAACUAGAUGUAUAUAUAUUUAAAUCGUUUUAAGAUGUAUAUUGAAAACAUAUGUAUGAUGGAGUAACCUCUUUUAGUAAUUGUACAUAUGAAAACGCACUGGGUUCAUGGUUACCGCAAUGUGUAGAUGCUAUGUGCUAUAAGCAUAUUAUUAGCAAGGUCAUGAUACUCGUUUAGAAUAUAACAAUUUUAAAUUAUUGAAUGGCGCAUGAUAAUAAACAGUAAUAACAAUAAUAAUAAAGUAACUCGUAAUUAAUAAAAUAAGAAAUAAAAUUAUUAUUAUUAAUAAUAAUAACGACAAGACCGCAUACUUUCACUAGUAGGACAUUCUAAAUAAAAGUUAUAUUCACGCUACAAAAUUAGUUAUUUCUAAAUUCGGUUAGAUUUAG